AUGGAGGUCGAACUACCGGAGCUCCUGUUUUUCGACACGUUUUCCCACGACACCUACGAGCAAAAUUUGGAUCUUGUGCAGUUUCCGAAACCGGUCUAUAUUACGGAGGUGCGCAUCAUACCGCUUGGGGCACGAGUUCAUGCCGACUUUCCGGGCGGUGUUCGACUGGGCGCUACCAAUCCGUCCAACUUCCACAUCCAGCUGUAUGUGAACGAUCUGGGGAAACCGGGUGCACCGAUCUUUGAGAGUCUUGGUGAGCUGGAAUACAAUCAGAACAACUGCAUCCAUCUGCAAUGCAGCGGCGGGGCUACGGGAACGAGCGAUGAGUUUGUGCGACGCAUCCCAACGGAUGGGUUGGUGCUGAAGGGCUGGUAUACGACGAUGACGCUUGCUGUAUACGGCAUCUUAACGACGAGCAUCGCCGAACCGAUUGUAUCGCCGCGCGAAACAACGCCCCAGCCCAACGAGCAGCUGCUCGUUGUGCCGGACCAUCACCAUCAUCAGCAUUUACUGCAUCAUCAUCAUCAUCUCCACCAUCAUGGUGGGAGUGGCGGUGGCAUUGCGGAACCGUCGUGUGGGGGUGGCGAUUGGAUACAGGAACCGCCGCUACCCGGCCUGGUGACGACACAUCCGUCGGAGACGGUGUUUGUGCAGAAGGAGUAUCCGGAGGAUGACAGUGAGGACGCACCAAAGGAUCCGCGUCCGUAUGCGAGGCGGGCGGCGGCUGCAGCUGCCGCUGUUAUUACCCAUCCAAUGCCCGCGAGUGCUGCGAGCCCACCGGAACCGAUAUACGAACCGCUCGAGGCAGGCAAGAUUCUGCCCGGUGAGUGUGAACCACCGUUGCCGGAAAAGCGCUCCAAGGCGUGCCUACCAUCGGGUCGACCGGUUGAGCCAGCGGUUCCCCCGUAUCCGUACGAACGGUCACCCCGUACACGACGCCACAGCAGUCGGGAGGAGUUCUCAUCCCGUUCGCCGAGCCUGUGCAAGGACUAUGGUCCUAUGUCAGCGAGCGGAAGCGGUAGUGUGGGAGCUGGUGGUGCCAGUGGAGGAAGCAAACAGCGCGAACAGUGGUCGCGCAGCCCGGACUAUGGCGAACAGCAGACAGCAGCUCCUCCACUGUCCCAUCCACCACUCCCACCACCUACAUCCUCCUCCUCAUCGUCCUCCGUUGCGCAUCGAUCAUCGCGGCGAUUGCGAAGCGGUUCGUUCGAACGACCCCGUCGCGAACCAUCUUUCGAACGCAUGGAGAAGGAAGACCGACGACCCCGGCCCCGAUCACCGAUCGAUUCACCGAGGAGGCCACGGUCACCCGAUCGGAACGAAUCGUCACCGGACGAGGAGGAGGAUGUAGUCGACGACGUGGAGGACGUGGAUGAUGAUCUCGACGACGAUAUCGAAAUGGACGGUAGCUUCCAUCGAACGAACGGGAAGUAUAGUGGAAAGCGCAGUAUGCUGAUGAUGGAACCAGCGAUUGAUACGAUUCGUCCACAAUCGACGAAGCAACAUGCAUCUUCCAGUCGCAGUUCGUCGCAACAUCAGCAUCAGCACCAUCAGCAUCAGCACGCGCAACAUCACUAUCACCAUGGUCAUACGCAUCAACAUCAUUCCAGCGUACAUCAGCUACCGUCGCAUAAUCAUCAUCAGCAACAACAACAACAACAGGACCGUGUUAUGUCACCACCACCACCACAGGUACAUGUUCCGUCCGUGUGUGACACGGUAUCUUCUGCCUUAACACCGGUUGCAUCUCCAACAACGAUGCUGAUCGCACCGGCAGCGAACCUGCCGGACGAGGACGCGAUCUCCGUGACGGAACAGUUUGAGCCGAUUCUGAGCGAUGAAGAAAUACCGGAAGACUUCGAUUACGAGCAGGACGGUGCAGCAGCAGUGACAGGAGGGCCGCCCAGUGGAGGCUACGAACACGUCGACGAAGCGCUCAACAAACAGUUCGAUCCAUUCUCGAUUACACUGGAACGUUACGUUCAUCCCGGUUCGAUCGGCGACGAACCCGAUCUGGUUCGUCAGUUGGGCCACGGCGAACAGAAGCUGAUGCGUCAACUCGAGCAACUGCUCGGGCAGGGUCGAUAUGGUCGUGAUGCGACCGCGUCAUUCGAGCAGGAAAGUGCCGAGUGGAAGGAACGUUUCGUAGACUAUGCGGAACAGUUGGUGCACGUGUUAGGACAACUGUUGGGGAAGGAUGACGUGCGGGACGCUCUCCAGCAACAGCUCGAACGCUGGAUAAAGGCCGAAUGGGCAGGCGUUACGGAUCGGCUCGCUAACUGCAUCUGCGUUGGGUUGGAUUUCGAGCGAGCAAUGGUCCAGCCGCAACCGGCGUUUAAGCUGCGUCACAUGAAGAGUGGCAUUCGUUUGGCAGAAUUUCUCGGUCCACACGAACAAUUUAUCGGGCUGCUGCUGCACACGCCCGAUCAUUUCAAUCUGUUCGAUCGGCUGCUCGGACUCUACUCGCAGCCGCACAUGGCGCUCUCGAUCAAGCUGAUGAUAAUCCGCACCAUUUACGCGUGUUUGGAUACGCGCAACGCUGUGCAUUAUUUUCUCUCGCCAUCGUACAACGGUUACCAGAUAUUGCUCGAUUUGCUGCAGGAGAAUCCAUCGACGCGUAUCAGCUUUGCGCUCAAGUCGCUGUUGCGCAAAAUUUCACUGUACGAAAAUCUCGAACUGAUCCACAGUACGGUUGAGGAGCUAUACGUACGAGCCGGGGAAGGUGAGCAGGAAGUGCAGGCAAAGGAACGGCAAAUACGAAGCGACCAAGAGCUGCUGGAACUGUUGCGCAGCGCACUGACAGAGCUGACCACUGCAAUAUCACUGCACGAGGUGUCGCUUGCCCAACCGAAACGCUUUCUGCCGGUCUCGGCAAAGUUUGAGAUACACAAGGAUAUUGCGUCCUCGCUUAACGUCAGCCGAACGGUGGUGCAGUUCUUCAAGAUACAUCGGCUGGUGGAGUCGAUGGUGCUGCUGCUCGAUCUGCGCAUCACCCCGCCGGCACUGUGUGAGCUGGUUUACAACCUUCUCGCUUGUAUGCUGAAGAGCAUGCCGAAGCUGCACUACCUGGUGGAUAGCUUACCGUACACGAAUCUGCUACUACGGUGGCUUUUCCAUCGGCUACCCCCGGCCCUGAACGGAGGAUGUGGCGAUAGUCCGGUGCAACUAUUGGUGAUGUCGGAGGAAAUGUCUAUUGGUGAACUAUCCCGACCGCAACUGCUGGGCGUGGAGUUGGUCUAUAAGGCGCAGACAAUCUAUCACCUAGAAGCAAUCGCCAGUACGAGCGUGGUGCGGGGUGGAGAUGUUUCUUCCACCUCCCGAAACGCGGAUGAGAUCGAACGAGAACGGGAUCGUUUGGUGGAAAAUUUGCACGACCUGUACGAGCUGUCGUGUGGUCCCGGAAGACGCUUCGUCGUGGAGGUACUGUCGAUGGACGAUAAUCUGGCCGUGCUGCUCGAACUGGUCGAAAAAGAGCAGCGUGUCGUACCGAAGGAGGAUGGUUCCGGCAGUAUGCUUACCGCUCCGGCUACAAAGCACAAAUCCCCGAUCGUCGGUUACUGCGUGGAUUUGGUGGAUUGUACCGUACGGCAUGGUGAAGCGGUUGGCUACCUUGCCCAGCAUGGACCGGCUCUACUCUCGCUGGUGAAACAACACGAACAGUUUGAGCCGGGUAUGAGUGCGACACUGCAGGAACUGGCCGUGUAUCUGAAACCGCUCGAACUGCACGAUCUGUUCGCGUACAUCGAUAUUGGUCCGCUGGUGGAGCUGAUGCGCCGAAGCCUGGAGUACGUUACGGCGUUUCCCGGCGAUCUUAUUACGGCGCUCCGGUUGGUUCGACUGCUCGGCAUACCACCGUACGACGAUUACGAGCAGCCGGGCGGGCACGCCGAGUUCAAGUACAAAUACACGCUGCUACAAUUCUACUCGGCCGACGGGCAGGCCCUGCUGCUGGCCAUUCUGGACAAGCUGACGCAUCACUUCGAUCAACCCGCGAUACACACGUCCAGCUUGGCGAGUCAACAGGGCGUUCUGCUAACGCAGCUACUCUGUCCGCUCGUGUACAUCCUGCGCAAGCUCGUGACCUAUCUAAUCGAGUGUCGCAACACGGAGUUCCGCGACCUGACGCUAAUUGAACCGCUGCUGCGCACGUACACGCUCAUGCAGUGCGUACCGAUACACGCUGCGGCCGGACCGGACGCACGGCAGGUACAGCGAGAAGUGGUACGGAUACUGCUUGCCUACACGCAACCCACACCGCCCGAAGGGCUCGACACGAACAACGUACACCGGAGCCUGUGGACGCAGAUGGUAGGCGAACUGGUACGAUUUACGCUCGCCGGGCCGAACUACUUCCUGCCCGGGUUGCUGGUGCUGUCGGAGUUGCUACCACUGCCGCUGCCCAUCCACUGCCGGCAGCCAUUGCUGCCAGCCGAGCUCAGUCGGCUCAUACAGGAGCGACAGCUCUGGUCGGCCCAUCUACACCCGCAGAGCCCGGCCAUCGGCGAACUGAUCCAAACGCUCUGUACCUCGAGCUACACGCCCAUGCUGGCCGUGCUCAGCCGUGUGUGUCUGCAGCUUUCCGACCUGGCCCCAAACAUGACGCUGCUCAUCUCGAAAUCCCUAGCUGAUCUGAUCGUUCAAGAGCAGCUGUUGCCGUGCGGAUUGGCCAGCACGAGCCACGCACGGUUGGUAAGCUUCCUCGCAACGCUGGUGUGCCAUGCGUCGGUGAAGAUAUCCGUACUGUCCAUACUGCCGGGACGCAUCAUGGACAUGUUGAUGGGUGUGUUGCUUAAUCCGGGCCAAACACCGGCCCAUCAGCAAACGCAACAGCACAUCUACCUCACGUUCCAAAGCCUGUUCGAUGCAGAGAUUGCGCUCAUGUUCGGUGACACGAUAGAUCCGGCGUUGCAAUUAGCCUGUUCGCUGCCACCAAAAGACAUCAUCGAAUCGUUCUGUGCUGCGUGUACUGUUAACGUAACCUGCGCAGACAUUGGACUGGGUGUUCUAAUGGCAGGAUUGCGCACAAUGCUGCUUUUAACCGAGCACGACACCACAUACGUCAUACUGAUGUCAAAUAUAAUGCGCAAACGGGAAGGAUGGUGUGCGGUGUUGCACAAAUUUUUACGCAAAGCAAAAGAAAGCUCAGAAACGUACAGGGCACUGUUUGCUCUGUUGUGCGACUUCUGGCGCUCGCUUGUCACGUUCGACAACGACGGCUGCGUGAACUUGCCGAAGCGUACCGUGAAACUCCCGCUGGAACAGCUCGGCCAACUGAUGCCGCUGUACGAGGAAGGUGAUGAGGAUGCGUUACAGCUAAUGCUUUCAUGCCUUGAAGAGUUGAUGGCGUUGUUUAAGGGCGAAGAAAUCGCCGACAGCAAGAAACCACCGACCGAGUUAAAUGAUUCCACGGCUGCAAUGGACACUGCUGUACCGGCACAGACAAGAGCAACCGACAGUUUGUGCGACAACCUUACCUACCUGCACACGCAGGUGAAGAUGGAAAUAACCAGCGCUAAGUUGGCCCAGGGCAAGGCAGCUGUAACGCCAAUCGAUUGGAGUGUGGUUAGCGUCGAUCCGUUGCCGCAAGCCGAGGGUAUCGUAACGCAGUACGGUUCGCGCAGCGUUUACCUACUGAGCGAAGAUUGCGACGAACAGCUGAAGGCGACGGAUUGGUUUGGGUUCACACCAUGCGACGACGAUCUGGAACGGGAACAGAUCCCUUGCGAUCUGCAAGAUCUAGCAAAGGUCUGCCUGGCGGGUGAAACAAAUCUUACGGCGGAUUGCAAACGUUUGCUGCAUUUGUCCGCAUCACCACACUCCAACCGUGACCGUCUGACGACCGCACCAUGCUUCCGGACACGUCGCGUCGAAGUCGAACCGAGCACUGGACGACCGGAAAAGAAAAUUUUCGCUACACCGUUGCGUGGUCGAGGCUUUUCGCGCACUCCCACCACCCGUGGUGAUCUAUUUCGCUCCCGUCCCCCCAAUACUUCCCGGCCACCCUCGCUGCAUGUGGAUGAUUUUCUUGCACUGGAAACGUGCGGUGCACAACCCACCGGACCAACCGGGUACAACAAGCUAUCGCGCGACAUCAUCACAAUCCGCGGUACGAAUCGAAGCCGUGGACGCUUUCCCGACCGUGGUGCCCGCUCGGGCGGCGGUGGUGGAGGAGCUGGAGGUGGAAACUCCAACGGCAGUGGUGGAUCCGGUGGCAACGGUGGCCAUUGGCAGAGUGCACCCAGUGGUAAUAGUGGCGGUAAUAGUGGAGGUGUAGGAGGUGGCAUGGGAGGUGGUUCCAGCUGCUGGUCAUCGUCCGGUUCGUCGCAGAUGCACGAUGGUGGUGGCGGUAACGGCCCAGGCAGUGGCAAACACUUCGGCCAUGGACUGUCCGGUAGUGGAGGCGGAGUUGGUCCCGGCGGUACCGGUGGCAGUAGUGGUGGUGGCGGCGGUGGCAGCAGUGGUCACUACCGAGAUCCGCCCAGCCAUUUUGGUGGCUCGCAACGAUCCCGUUCCGGUCGUGGCUUUAACCGGUACAGCGUGCGGGCGUAUGCACGACAGAUCUAA